AUGGCGGCGGAGUGGCCGGAGGUGGAUCGGGCGGAGCGGGAGCGGCGGAGGGAAUUGGUCGUCCAGGGGCGGAUGAUCGGCUCCGGCAGAGUGACGGGCGGCUCCCCCCGGCUCUCUUCUCUCUCUCCCUCCUGAACUAUCUGCAGGUCAGCGGCUGCGCGGAGCUCCGGGAGGUCCCGGAGGAGAUCGGCCGCCUCACCCGCCUGCAGAGCCUCGUCCUGUGCCGGAACCGGCUGCGGCUCCUCCCGGGGGGGCUGGCGGAGCUCCGGGGGUUGAAGGUCCUGGACGUGUCCGGGAAUGAACUGGAGAAUCUGCCGGAGGAGCUCAGCCGUCUGUCCGAUCUCAGCUCGCUGAACGUGUCCGGGAACCGGCUGGAGGAGCUUCCGCGGGGGCUGGGCCAGUGUAGCAGGCUGACCGCCCUCCACCUAUCCGGGAACAGGCUGAGGACCCUCCCCCGAGGAGUGCUGAGCGCGCAGCUCCCCCUACUGGCCGAGAUCAUCGCCUCCGACAACCACAUCCAGGAGCUGAGUCCCGACAUCGCCCUCCUGUCCGGGCUGAAGACUCUGGAUCUCUCCAACAACGAGCUCUCCGAGAUCCCGGCCGAACUCGCCGACUGCCCCAAGCUGAAGGAAAUCCACUUCAAAGGCAACAAACUGAAAGACAAGAGGCUGGAGAAGAUGGUGAACGGCUGCCAGACCAAGUCCGUCCUGGAGUACCUGCGGGUGGGGGGGCGGGGGCAAGGGGGAGGCGGAGACCGCGGCGAAGGAGGAGCCUAAGGACCGGAGGAAGAAGAAGCCGCAGAGACAGAGGAAGGACGGGGGAGGGGAGAAGGACGGCGAGGUGGAGGACGUGGCCAAGAUGAUGCUGAGAGUUCUGCACGUUUCCGAGAACCCGCUGCCCCUCGCCGUCGCCGUCCGUCCCGCCAUCAAAGAUGUCCGCCCGUAUAUCGUGUGCUGCGUGGUGAAGGGGAUGAACCUGACGCCCGGCAACGCCCUGAAACGUUUCCUGACCGCCCAGACGAAACUCCAUGAAGACAUCUGUGAUAAGAGGACGCUGGCCACCAUUGCCACCCAUGACCUGCAGCUGGUGAAGGGGCCCCUCCUGUACGAUGCCAGACCGCCCACAGAGUUCAAGAUCGUUCCGCUGAAUCGGAAGGAGAUAAACGCCAAGGAGUUGGUGCGGCAGCUGCAGUUUGAGGCGGAAGAACAGAGGAAGCAAAAGAAACGGCAGAACGUCUCCGGACUGCACAGAUAUCUCCACCUAUUGGACGGCAAAGACAACUACCCGUGCCUAGUGGAUGCUGAAAAUGCGGUUAUAUCUUUUCCACCAAUCACCAACAGCGACAAGACGAAGAUCACAAAAUCCACCCGCGCCCUCCUAUUGGAGGUGACCAGCGCCAGCAGCCUGCAGACCUGUAAAGAUGUGAUGGACGCUCUGAUUGAGAAAAUGGCGGAACUUCAUAAAUUCACGUUGGAGAACAGAGAGGAGGAAGUCGGUUCCGAUCCGGAAGAGUCUGCGUCUCAGAACCCGGAACCCCCGGUGGAGGGCCCCCAGCUGGUGCUGGAACAAGUGCGCAUCACCGACAUGGACGGCAGCCUGAAGGUCCUGUACCCGUCGAAGACCGACCUGAACCUGAGCGCGUCCUCCUUUGUGAUCGUUCGUUAG